AUGGGUCUUAGUGUCUGCCGUUCGGAGGUGGUCAGCUCCGUUUGGGCCUGCGGCAGACCAAGUGCAGCCCCAACAGCCAGAACCCCCAAACCAUCUCCUGAAGCGAAGACGGAGCGCCUGACAGCGGAGCAGAUCAAGGAGUACAAGGGGGUCUUUGAGAUGUUCGACGAGGAGGGCAACGGGGAGGUGAAGACGGGGGAGCUGGAGCGGCUCAUGAGCCUGCUGGGCAUCAAUCCCACCAAGAGCGAGCUGGCUUCCAUGGCCAAGGACGUGGACCGAGACAACAAAGGAUUCUUCAACUGCGACGGCUUCCUGGCCCUGAUGGGGAUUUACCGGGAGAAGGCCCAGAACCAGGAAGGCGAGCUGAGGGCGGCCUUCCGGGUCUUCGACAAGGAGGGCAAGGGCUACAUCGACUGGGACACGCUCAAGUACGUGCUCAUGAACGCGGGCGAGCCCCUCAACGAGGUAGAGGCCGAGCAGAUGAUGAAGGAGGCCGACAAGGACGGAGACGGAACCAUUGACUACGAGGAGUUUGUGGCCAUGAUGACCGGAGAGUCCUUCAAGCUGGUCCAGUAGGAGCAGGUGCUGGGGCCGUGGGAGGCCUGCCCGAAGAAGGCCCGCCUGCCGCCGCCCCCGCUGCGCCCAGCCUGCCCCACCUCUGGCAAUAAACACUCCAGGCCGACU